UUUCCUGAGGCAUAGGAAUGUCAGAGCUCGGUAUAAAAGGGCUACCAAAGCACCCAAUAAUCCUACUUCUGCACAUCGUCGGAGAAGAGACCGGGCAGAACAGCCAUGAAAGCCUUCAUUACCGUCGCACUUCUCUCCGCCGCUUCCCUGGCGUAUGCUGGCCCUCGCCCAGCCACAACAAAGGUAGAUGUCGGUAGCAGCCGCUUAGGAGCUGCUGGCGGCAGCGGUAGCGCAGGCCGCGGUGGCUUUGGCCUGGGCGGAUUUAGUGGCCCUUCCGGAAGCGGCGCCGGCGCAGUUGGUGGCAGUCUGGGAGGAGCCCCAGGCUUCGGCGUUGGAAGUGGCUUCGGCGUUGGAUUGAGCAGCGGCCCCACCAGUGGGUUUGGUAGUGCUCCUGGCGGCCUUUCGUUUGGCGCCGGUGGACCAGGGGGUGCUAGCUUCGGAGUACCCCAGGGCGCUGGAUUCUCGGGAGUCGGGUCUGGACUACCAAGUGGCGGCAACUUUGUUCCUGGCUUCAGCGCAGGUCCAAGUGGUUUCGGAGUAGGUCCAAGUGGCUCUUCCAGGCCCGGAGCUUCCUCCUCUGGUGCAUCUCGACCCCACGGAGCUGGCGUUAGUGGACGCCCUUCUGCGGGAAGCUUCGGUUUUGGUCCAAGCGGUGGCGCUUACGGAGGAUACGUCCCAGGCUAUUUUGGGGGCUACAGUGAUGAUUUCUAUGGCGGAUAUGGCCCAGGUUUCUACGGUUACCCAUAUGGCUAUGGUGAUGGCUACGGCUAUUACGGUCCCUAUCCCAGUUACGGUUACGUCUUCCCUGGAGCUUCCGCCGGUUUCUUUCCUGUUGGCCCAGGCAGCGCCAGCGCCGGCUCUGGAUCUAGCGGCUCACAAGUAUCUCUAACACGCUCAGCUCCGAGACCUUCGGCAGGUUCUAGUGCAAGCUCCAGCCGCCAAUCAAGCGCCAGCCGGGCAUAAUCUACAGUCAUGGCUACUACUGGAAGCCUUACAGUAAUGGAGGACCUGGUGAUGUUCCGUUGGCCGAUUCAAUCAAGUCUCUCUAAAAAAAAAAAAAAAUAUUAGUUGUAAUGUCUCCAACACUCUCCGAUGACGUCCUGCAAACAUUCAAACAAUAAAAUAAAAAUUCGAUAUGCAACUAGA